GAGAGAGAGAAAAGACAGAGUCUAGAGAGAGAGAGAGACCUUGAAUGAGCACUCCACUGGAACUGGAAGUUCAGAGAGAGAGAGAGAGAGAGGCGUGGACCAUGGAGGAGAAGAAGGGCAUGGAGCCCGCCAUGGAAUUGUUAAUUCGUCUGAGCUGAAGACAAGCAAUCCCUUUACAGCUGAAUCAUUGAGCUUACGAAACAAAACCUUCACCUUGACGAUUCUCUCUUCCUCUUUCAUGUAAAAUCACCACCGGAAGCCCCUGCUCCAUCUGCUCGUCCUCUGUACGAUGAGGCCGACUGCAAGUUGAAUGACGAGAAGAAGCAAUUGUGAGAGAGGUUUUCGGUGCUUCAUCCUUCGGCUUAGGAGAUUGCACAUCGAAUCUAUUUCAAGCUACAUCGAUUGAGUAAUCCGAAGAAAGGAGUGGCCGAAUCGAAGUAGAAGAAGAAGAGUUCGAUGAACCUAGAGGAUUGAUUGAUGGAGUGAAAUUUGGGCAUUUGACGUCUUGUCAAUUCUCUAUGAGGGAAGGGACUCCGGCUUUCUGAUUGAAUUGUCUGAGCUUACCUUCUUGUUCCAUGGCGGUGGUGAGUCCCGUGCCUACGCUUACUCAGAGGAUCAGUCUAAGUAGGCUUGAUCAUAUUGGGGUUGCUGGGAUUAUGGCAAGCAGAGGAGAGAUUGUACCCGAACCGGUGCCAGUGGCACAGAUUAUUGAAGACAAAAUUUAUGUGGCGGUUGGGAAAGAUGUUAAAGAUAGCAGAAUGACUCUGAUAUGGGCAUUGCAGAACUCGGGAGGGAAGAAAAUCUGCGUCAUCUGUGUCCUCGUUCCUGCACAGAAGAUCCCAUUCAUGGGUACGGAAUUGCCUGUAAACGCAGUCAAAGAAGAGAAAGUAAGGGAACAUCGUGAAACCGAGAGGCAUGACAUGGACGAGCUUCUGGAUGAAUAUUUGCUCACUUGUAAGCAGAUGGGGGUGCGGGCAGAAAAACUUUAUAUAGAAAAGGACUCUAUUGAGAAGGGGAUGCUGGAGCUUAUUACUCUACAUGGCAUUAGAAAGCUUGUCAUGGGGGCAGCAUCAGGGAGACGCUAUUCUAGAAGAAUGACAGAACUGAAGUCGAAGAAAGCUGUCUACAUCCGAGAUGAAGCACCUAUCUCCUGUCAUAUAUGGUUUAUUUGCAAUGGGCACCUUAUAUAUACAAGGGAGGGUGUUGUUACUGAUCGAGCAAAAGCAGAUGCAGAAGCAGAAGCAGAAGCAGAAGCUUCUACUUCAGCACUGCAAAUGAGUAGUCCCUCAAAUGUUGGACAAUUAAGUUUCGCAAGUUCAAGAUCCUCUUCAUCGCAGAAGAGUGAUCCAGUAAAGUUGACUAAUCCAGUUCAAGAUAUGUUGAUUCGGGUAUUCUCUUCAAAUGGCAACGGUCGUGGAGUCAGAUUAACUGCUUCUUCUUCACUAAAUGAGGCUGGAGAGUCAUUAACUGCAAGAAGCUUGUUGGUCGGACCGGGUAGUUAUCAUGAAUGGGACGGAAUCGUCAGGGAAAAUCCUUCUCCAGCUUCAGUUCUUUCAUCAUGCCCUUCUAGUCCAGCCUUGGAUUCAGCAUCAUUGUCACUUUCUAGGACAGUGACAAGGGAGAGGAGGCUAGAAUCAACUCAAUUAAAAGACGCUGCCGUCAGCGAACAUUCCUCUUCUCCCAGUGUGCUGGAUGGAAGCAUAGAUGAUAAUCUCUGCGAUCAACUUGAACGAGCCCUAGUAGAAGCUGAGAGUGCAAAACGAGCAGCACUUGAGGAGGCAAUCAACCGUGGAAAAGCUGAAAAGGACUUUAUCGACGCCGUGCGAAGGACAAAAGCACUGGAGAGCCUGUACAGUGAGGAGGUCAAACAAAAGAGAGAUAUUGAGCAAGAACUUGCAAAACAAGAAGAAGCGCUUGAAAAGAUGAAGUGUGAGAGAGAUGAGGUCAUGAAUGAGCUCCAUAUUGCCUUGGAGCGGAAAUCGUCAUUGGAGAUUCAAAUUGCAGAAUCUGAUCAGGUUGUGCAGGAGUUAGAACAAAAGAUUAUAUCUGCAGUUGAGCUGUUGCAGAGUUUUAAGAAAGAAAGAGAUGACUUGCAAAUAGAACGUGACAGUGCACUCAAAGAAGCUGAGGAGCUGAGAACGAGACAAAGAGAAAGCUCAAGUAUAUCCACCCCUCGUUUCUACUCUGAGAUUUCAUUUUCAGAAAUUGAGGAGGCAACUAAAAACUUUGAUGCAUCGCUGAAGAUUGGAGAAGGCGGGUAUGGGAGCAUAUAUAAGGGUCUUCUUCGUCACACUCAAGUUGCUAUCAAGAUUCCGCAUCCUCACAGCUUGCAGGGCCCUUCAGAAUUUCAGCAGGAGGUCGAUGUUUUGAGUAAAGUUAGACACCCCAAUCUAGUCACGCUUAUCGGUUCUUGCCCGGAAGCUUGGGCUCUCAUAUAUGAAUUUCUACCUAAUGGGAGCCUUGAAGAUCGGCUCAGCUGUCGAGACAACUCCCCUCCACUUUCAUGGCAAACUCGAGUACGAAUUGCUGCUGAGAUGUGUUCUGCUCUCAUCUUCCUCCAUUCUAGCAAACCUCACAGCAUCGUUCAUGGUGACAUAAAACCAGCAAAUGUCCUUCUCGAUGCCCAUUUUGUGAGCAAACUCGGCGACUUUGGAAUCUGCCGAUUUCUACAUCGGGAUCAGAGUUCUAGCAACAACACAACUCUCUUAUGCCGGACUGAGCCUAAGGGCACCUUUGCUUACAUGGACCCCGAGUUCUUCUCCACUGGAGAGCUCUCAACGAAGUCAGAUGCAUACAGUUUCGGGAUUAUUCUGCUUAGAUUGCUAACAGGCAGACAUGCCCUGGGAAUCGUGAAAGAAGUUCAAUAUGCCCUCGACAAAGGAAACCUAAAAGCACUUUUAGAUCCGUUGGCGGGAGACUGGCCCUUUGUGCAGGCCGAGCAGUUGGUUCACUUGGCUUUAAGGUGCUGUGAUAUGAACAGGAAGAACCGACCCAAUCUCGAGUCAGAAGUCUGGAGGGUACUUGAACCAAUGAGGGCUUUCUGCAGAGGGUCACCCUCCGCUCCGUUUGGUGGCGGAGAGCAAUCGCAACCUCCUCCAUAUUUCAUUUGCCCCAUACUGUUGGAAGUCAUGCAAGAUCCGCAUGUAGCAGCGGAUGGAUACACAUAUGAGGCUGAGGCUCUGAGAGGGUGGCUGGAGAGCGGCCACGACAGUUCACCCAUGACAAAUUACCCGCUUGCUCAUACCAAUCUGGUCCCGAAUCGUGCGCUCCGCUCCUCGAUCCAGGAGUGGGUUCAUAACCGUUCAACCUGAACCCUCCGGGUUCUCCUUCAUGUACAAGCUGAGUGCCCUUCUUUUUGUUGUUGAAUUUUUCUUUCUUGCAUCUCAUAAGAGUAGAAUCUGUCGGCAUCGUGGUUUCGCACUCUCUCUCUCAUGCACGUUUCCUGCAGAUUUUGAAGAGUAUAUUAGUAGUUGCAUAUGUAUAUGAUAAAUGAUAAGAUAGUAAAAUACAGGACAGCCCAGGAAUAUUUGUAAUCUACUUGUGUAUGUACACACUAAAGGUACGGUCAAUCUAUUGUGUAAAUUAUGGUACGCUCCACUGGGACGUGAUAUCUAAAUAGAUUUGAUGUAAUGUAUCGCAAUUUUUACAUAUUAUUUUAGUUUUA